AUUUCCGGCUGCGUUUUUCUCUAUUUAAUAUCGGUUCGGUCGGUAUGUGCUAUGUGAUUACCUUUCAUUUAAAAUCCUCUUAAAUUUGCAAAAAUAAAAUACAUCUGCUAUAAAAUGAUUGUUCUUAGAACAAUGUUAUUCAUUUUCUACAUGUUUUUAUAUAUAUUUUAGAUUUUGAAAAGAAAAUUAGAAAGUUAAAUUUUGUUUGUAUCUUUUGGAGGUUAUGUUGGUUUUGGGAAUAACAGAUAAUGUCACAUUUUGUAUUGAGUUUAUUGUUGUAAGAGUAAUUUAACAUUUUAUAUACGUUUUAGAUUUUGAAUUAUGGGUCGAGUAAUUCGUGCUCAGCGUAAGGGAGCUGGAUCUGUCUUCAGAUCACAUACAAAAAGGAGAAAGGGAGCUCCGAAACUUCGCUCCUUGGAUUUCUCUGAGAGACAUGGUUACAUCAAAGGUGUUGUGAAGGAUAUUAUUCAUGAUCCUGGUCGUGGUGCACCAUUGGCCGUUGUUCAUUUCAGGGAUCCGUAUAAAUUCAAAACACGCAAAGAAUUAUUUAUUGCUCCUGAAGGAAUGUACACUGGACAAUUUUUAUACUGUGGAAAGAAAGCAAAUCUCCAAAUUGGAAAUGUGAUGCCUGUUGGUCAAAUGCCUGAAGGUACCAUUGUUUGUAAUUUAGAAGAAAAAACUGGUGACAGAGGUCGAUUGGCAAGAGCUUCAGGAAAUUAUGCUACAGUUAUAGCUCAUAAUCCUGACACAAAAAAAACUAGAGUAAAACUACCAUCUGGCGCCAAAAAGGUUAUACCAUCUAACAACAGAGCAAUGGUCGGCAUUGUUGCUGGUGGUGGACGUAUUGAUAAACCAAUUUUAAAAGCUGGUCGCGCAUAUCACAAAUACAAGGCAAAGAGGAAUUGCUGGCCUAAGGCGAGAAAUAGCUAAAGAGCUUCUGCGGCAGAGCCACGAAAAAUACGCACCGAGGCGGAGUAAUAUGAGUAAUGCAGCCAACCAGAAUGGAUCAGGUCUAGAGCAGCAGUCGCGCGUGGACGUUCAUAAGUACUAUUUUAUAACCUACAUUCGCGUGAAUCAAUUGUUCUUACAUCUUGCCUGCAUUAAACAUUUUGUAGACUUGAAUCAUCGUCGGGUUGAUUGUGACGUACGCUUUGUAAUGGCGGCAACCAAUUCCGAGAACAGCAAACCUCGUGCCGUGACGCAUUCUCAUAUUGCUUUUUUGUAACGCGCCUUCUGGCGGGGAUCAUCAUUUUUCUUCCAACUCGAGACCAUAUUCUGACAGAGAUAGAGAUAGAGGUAGAGAUCGUGAUCGUGAAAGGGAAAGAGAAAGGGAUCGUGAUAGGGGAAGAGGUGGUUCAGGCUAUAGAGAUACACGCUCUCGAGAUGUUGACUUCGGGAAUUUCGGGAAUUUUGGUGGACGCAAUAGACGUAGUGCCAAUCAAGAAAAUGGAAGAGAUUAUAGAUUUUCCAAUUCCGAUCGUGACCGAGAUCGAGAUCGCCCGAUUAAUUCCGGAAACGAUCGUUGGCAAGAUCAACCUAGAAACGAUCGUUGGCAAGAUCAACCUAGAAAUGAUCACAGAAUGGGUGGUAGAUGGAAGGACGACAGAGACGGAGGCAGAACAAAUUCUGAAAUUGACUGGACAAUUCCCACUUCCAGAGACGAGCGAUUGGAGGUGGAGUUAUUUGGCAAUGGCAAUACUGGUAUUAACUUUAGUAAAUAUGAGGAUAUCCCAGUUGAGGCUACUGGCGACAACAUACCUCCCCACAUCACAUCUUUUGACGAAGUUAAGCUGACGGAGAUAAUAAAGAAUAGCAUUACUUUAGCUGGUUAUGAUAAACCUACGCCAGUACAGAAAUAUGCGAUACCGAUUAUUAUCGGACGCCGUGAUGUUAUGGCCUGUGCCCAAACAGGGUCUGGUAAAACAGCGGCCUUUUUAGUGCCAAUAUUAAAUCAGAUUUAUGAAAGCGGGCCACGUCCACCACCAGCCAAUAUUUCUGGAAAGCGUAAACAUUUCCCUCUUGGUCUAGUAUUAGCACCUACAAGAGAACUUGCCACACAAAUAUAUGAUGAGGCGCGGAAAUUCGCAUAUAGAUCUCAUAUUUGGUAUUGGACGAAGCAGAUCGUAUGCUGGAUAUGGGUUUCGAGCCACAAAUAAGGCGUAUAGUCCAAGAGGAUACAAUGCCUCCUACUGGGGAAAGGCAGACCCUUAUGUUUUCAGCUACGUUCCCGAAAGAAAUCCAAAUGUUAGCGAGAGAUUUCCUGAGUAACUAUAUCUUCUUAGCUGUAGGCCGUGUCGGUUCUACAUCUGAAAAUAUUACUCAGAAAAUUGUAUGGGUCGAGGAACACGACAAACGUUCUUAUUUGCUCGAUCUUCUUCAAGCUACUGCCGAAUCAUUGACUUUAGUGUUUGUGGAAACAAAAAAAGGUGCAGACAUGUUGGAGGAGUAUUUACAUCAGAUGGGAUAUCCAGUGACUAGCAUUCAUGGUGAUCGAACGCAACGUGAACGCGAAGAAGCUUUACGCCGUUUCCGAGCUGGAAAAGCGCCAAUACUUGUUGCCACUGCUGUUGCAGCCCGUGGGCUUGAUAUUCCACAUGUGAAGCACGUAAUAAACUUCGAUUUACCGGGAGACGUUGAAGAAUACGUUCAUCGGAUUGGUCGUACUGGUCGUAUGGGAAAUUUAGGUUUAGCAACGUCAUUCUUCAAUAGCAAGAAUAUCAACUUGGUGCGCGACUUGGUAUCUCUUCUAGUUGAAGCUAAUCAAGAACUUCCACCUUGGUUGGACGAUAUGUUCAGUGAAGCAAGAUAUUCUGGAGGUGGUUCUCGUCGAGCUGGAAGUACUAAAGGUCGAUUUAGUGGCGGAUUUGGUGCUAGAGAUUAUCGCCAGACACCUAGCUCCGGAUCUGCCCGUAAUAAUGGUUCCUCCAAUAGGCCUGGCAGUUAUGGGGGUUAGUAUACAGGUUUAUCAUUAUGUCCUAAUGAAAAUUUCAUACGAGUAAAUUUUUUUUACGUACAAGUCGUUUUUCUUUAUAGGAAGUUAUGGAAAUUACGGAGGUAACUAUAACAGUUCAUCGUAUAAUAAUUCUGCUAACAAUGUCGGCAGUAAUGAUCCCGAUUGGUGGGACAAAUAA